AUGAAUGGUAGUGGAGCGGUAUUUGGAAUGUCAGUCGGGAUGUGGCAUCAAUUGCAAAAGAUUUAUGGAAGAUCUUUUAGAGAAAAAUAUUUUAGAGAAAAAUCUUUUGUAUUUUUUCAUACAAAAAAGGGUAUAGCUUUUAAUGAGGCUUUGAAAGAAAGUUUUGGCGCGAAAAAGAAACAUGAAGGUACAGGUAAAAUUAUUUGGUAUGAUCGUGAUGUGUUUUAUACGGGUAUAGAAUCCGUAUUUUGGGGAAAAGUAUCACCUAACAUUGCCCGUACACCUGUUGAUAGAUACACUAUUCAUGGUAUGGAUGGUUUUUAUCAAAGCAAGAUUGGACGUGAUCGUUUUCAUAAAACUGCGUUUUUUAAGCUAGCCGAUGAUGAAAAAGUGUUGAAAUUUUAUUUUUACACUCAUAAUUAUGCACAUAAUCAUCCUGUGUUGGGGUUGGCAGAAAUGGAUGCACAUUUCGAGACAUAUUUUCACUUAGCAUUAACGGAGAAAGAUGAUAUUAACGCUAUUCAGUAUAUUUUGCAACAUACGGGUGUACUGGUGUCGUUGUUUAUAAUUCAGCUGGCAAGAUUUACUUGGGAUAAAAAACUUGAACUAAAUGGAUAA